GCGCAGCUACGGCAACAUGUCCCUGAUCUGCUCUAUCUCCAAUGAAGUGCCAGAGCACCCAUGCGUGUCCCCUGUCUCUAAUCAUGUCUACGAGCGCCGGCUCAUUGAGAAGUAUAUUGCAGAGAAUGGCACAGAUCCCAUCAACAACCAGCCUCUGUCCGAGGAGCAGCUCAUUGACAUCAAAGUUGCUCACCCAAUCCGGCCCAAGCCUCCCUCAGCCACCAGCAUCCCAGCCAUUCUGAAAGCCUUGCAGGAUGAGUGGGACGCAGUCAUGCUCCACAGCUUCACCCUGCGCCAGCAGCUGCAGACCACCCGCCAAGAGCUGUCCCACGCGCUGUACCAGCAUGAUGCUGCCUGCCGUGUCAUUGCCCGUCUCACCAAGGAAGUCACUGCUGCCCGAGAAGCUCUGGCUACCCUGAAACCUCAGGCCGGCCUCAUCGUGCCCCAGGCUGUGCCAAGCUCCCAGCCAAGUGUCGUGGGUGCGGGCGAGCCCAUGGACUUGGGCGAGCUGGUGGGAAUGACCCCCGAGAUUAUUCAGAAGCUUCAAGACAAGGCCACUGUGCUAACCACGGAGCGUAAGAAGAGAGGGAAGACUGUGCCUGAGGAGCUGGUGAAGCCAGAAGAGCUCAGCAAAUACCGGCAGGUGGCAUCCCACGUGGGCUUGCACAGUGCCAGCAUUCCCGGGAUCCUCGCCCUGGACCUCUGCCCCUCCGACACCAACAAGAUCCUCACUGGUGGAGCGGAUAAAAAUGUCGUCGUCUUCGACAAGAGUUCUGAGCAAAUCCUGGCCACCCUCAAAGGCCAUACCAAGAAGGUCACCAGCGUGGUCUUUCACCCUUCCCAGGAAUUGGUGUUUUCCGCCUCCCCAGACGCCACUAUCAGGAUUUGGUCGGUUCCGAACGCCUCCUGUGUACAGGUUGUUCGGGCCCAUGAGAGCGCUGUGACAGGCCUCAGCCUCCACGCCACUGGGGACUAUCUCCUGAGCUCCUCUGAUGACCAGUACUGGGCCUUCUCUGACAUCCAGACAGGACGCGUGCUCACCAAGGUGACCGACGAGACCUCUGGCUGCUCUCUCACGUGUGCGCAGUUCCACCCGGAUGGACUCAUUUUCGGAACAGGCACCAUGGACUCUCAGAUCAAGAUCUGGGACUUGAAGGAGCGAACCAACGUGGCCAACUUCCCUGGCCACUCGGGCCCCAUCACCAGCAUUGCCUUCUCCGAGAAUGGCUACUACCUGGCCACGGCGGCCGACGACUCCUCUGUCAAGCUCUGGGAUCUGCGCAAACUGAAGAACUUCAAGACGUUGCAGCUGGAUAACAACUUUGAGGUGAAGUCCCUCAUCUUUGACCAGAGUGGAACUUACCUGGCCCUGGGGGGCACAGAUGUCCAGAUCUACAUCUGCAAACAGUGGACGGAGAUUCUUCACUUUACAGAGCAUAGCGGCGUGACCACAGGGGUGGCCUUCGGGCACCACGCCAAGUUCAUUGCUUCAACAGGCAUGGACAGGAGCCUCAAGUUCUACAGCCUGUAGGCCCCGUUCCUCCUGACCGGAGCUGGGCCUCGUCUCAGUAGUGG